UGGAGAUCACACUAUUUUUAAAUUCAUAUCCAUUUGCUGACGAGACAGAAAAAAAAAAUCUUGAAACGAGAGCGAAGCGGACUGGGAACCAGUUGGAAAGAGCGAUAGAUGGAGAUGGCUCGUUGCUCUACGUCUCUAAUGGCGUCUCGGCUCCCGGCGAGGCCCCCCUCCCUUCCCCGCGCUUCUCUUGCCGCCUCCAGCUCCGUCUUCUUUUCCAACGGGGGCAACGCCGUGGUCGGGACUAGGCUCGCCGUCGUUGCCAGGCGCCGGCGGCGUCCGUCCGGGGGCCUCGGGUGUCGUUGCCUCUUCGGCCUUGGCGUCCCCGAGCUCGUUGUCAUCGCUGGUGUCGCCGCGCUGGUCUUCGGCCCCAAAAAGCUCCCUGAGAUCGGCCGGAGCAUCGGAAAGACCGUGAAGAGUUUCCAAGAGGCAGCUAAAGAGUUUGAAACUGAGUUAAAAAAGGAUGGUGAAGAUGCUAGUAAACCCCCGCCCCCAGCUGAGAGUCCCAAAGUUGUUAGCAGUGAGGAUGAGAAAAAAGAACUUGAAGCAUCAGGCACCAAAGAGAGUUCGUGAAAUGGGACCAUGAUCCCUCUGUUUCCCAAGGUGAUCUGUAGCUUCGAUGUUGUAUCAGCAGGUUGUAUUGAGUUGACUAUUUUUUUUAGAUUAAAUUUCCUUAUGCAGCAGACAUGGAGCUGUAUAUAAGUUACGGACCGAGUUUCUCGUAGUUACUGAGACAUUAUGCAUGGAGGUUCCUAGUUGCAUAUCAAAGAAUGUGGUGCCAUCCUGCUGUCGCAUCUGGUUCAUCAGUCGGAAAUUAUAGUAGGAUCAGACUGAUUUGCAAUAGAAAAAUACUCGAAAAUUGCUCAGGGCCUCCAAAGUUCAGCUUCA